ACAAACACAACUCCAGGGCUUUUUUGGGCGCGAUGCCAAAGCCGCCACUGGCGAAACGCCCGGCCACCACCAACUCGGUGCCGUCAAAGGUCCACGCGAGGAGCCUGGACCACGCCAUCGAGAUCCUGUCGGCCAAAGUGAGGCGCUUGGACUUGAGGUACCGGAAGAUUGGCGACCGAGGCGCGGAGCGGCUGUCGGAGGUCCUGCUGGAGAACAGCACGCUGACGCGCCUGGAGUUAGACUUCAAUGGCCUUACCUCCGGCGGCGCAGCACGCCUAGCGGAGGCAUUGACCAAGAAUUCCACCCUCACGCAUUUGUAUUUGUGCAACAACAUCAUUGAUGACGAGGGUGCCUACCAUUUAGCCUCGGUGAUUGGAAGAAGCGGCCUAGUGGAGCUCGGCCUCGCGGGCAACCGCAUCACCGCGCGCGGCGCGGAAGCGAUCUUGGAGGCGCUGAGAUCCAGCGGCGCGGUGGUGGGGGUGGACCUAUCGCUGCAGACGGUGCCGGAUGACCUGGUCCAGGACAUCAGGGCUGCCAUGGUGGCCAAUCACACGGCCAAGGUGGAGGCUGCGAAGGAAGCGGCCAAGGAAGCGCAGGAGCAGGCGUGGCAGAUCACAUGAAAGUGGCCAUUGAUGGAUUCCACAUUUCACUCAAAGGGUGGGGCAUAGGGACA